GAUUCAUUCUUGAGGGGGAAGGAUUCACAUGGGUUGAAAGUAUGACACCAAUAUUCUUCAUAUCCUUGUUUGUGUGAUAGCGUUAUUCCUGUAAUCUGAUGUCUUUGUUGUUUGUGUGUGUCUGUGUUUGCAUGUAUAGAUGCAAUCUCCCUCCCUUGACCAGAGGAUAUGCUGAACAUAUUGGAAAGAGAACACACCUAGUGACGGCAAACCCAAGCAUCAUAGACAAAAGAUUUGAAGGUCUGGAGUGGUCCCGGCGGCCGUUCCUAGAGAGUAUGCGGGUGUAUAACCGGAGCUUCAUCUACAUGCCGGCCUUCUCUUCAUACAUCGGCACAGAGCCCUCCUUCAGAGCUGCCCACACCCUUGUUGACGCCUCAGCCAAUCAGACAGUCCUGUUCGCACACCCGGAGUUCCUGCGGCAUGUCAGUGCCUUCUGGGCGGCCCGGGAUGUCAGUGCUGGGCGACUCACCACCGGCCUCUUCAUGGUGACACUCGCCCUCUCCCUCUGCGACCAGGUGGACGUCUACGGCUUCUGGCCCUUUUCACACGGACCGGACAACAAGCCACUCUCUCAUCAUUACUAUGACAACGAACCUCCCAACAGGUACCACGCCAUGCCGCAGGAGUUUCUGCAGCUGUGGCAGCUGCACAAGAGCGGAGUCCUUCGAAUGCAGCUGGGAGACUGUGAAGGCGCUGGACGCUAGCAGUGCUGUUAGUGCUGCGAACUGGAACUCUAAAAAAUUGGAUGUGAUUCAUUUUAAUGACAGACUUGACACUGGAACUUAUUUCUUAUUUCCUUAAGUGACUGUUUCAUGACCAGCAGUCUUCAGUGUGGGCGUCACUGGGGUAAACCCCGUCAGAGGCGCACUCACGACCUUGACUUCUGCUUGCUCAGCUCUGGCUGAACAUCUGUGGUUUCGUUCUGUCUCAUCCUGAAAUAUUUCCGGCAGAAGUAUUGCUUAACGCCCCAGAGACACAGUCCCACAAUUGCUACCUGCUUGUACUGGGUGUGUGUGCAUGUGUCCCGGACAGGUAUGCCACCUGAGACAGAGGUUAAACAAGCCUAUGUCACCUGUACGAGAAAGGAGACCUGCAUGGGAAGGGCCUGUUGAAGUGCCUAUACAGAGACCUGUGAUGUUUCAGCAGUAUUUGAAAUUGCAAUUAAAGCAUUCAUGUUGAAGAAA